AUGAAGGAUGGAAAGUUGGAUAAGCGAUUACCUCCAACUCUGAAGCCACUCCAUUACCUGGUCAAACUUCAGCCUUUCAUCAACGCCAACUUCAGCUUCCUCGGCUACGUGGAGGUGGAGAUGGAGGUCCUGGAGCCGACCUCCAGCAUCACACUCCAUAUGGCCGACACCAUCACUAAAAACGACACUGUCAAGCUUAGCCGGUUUGUUAAAAUUGUGCGAAGCCCAACCCAAAGAAUAUCAUCCUUUCACAGACGCGCAUAUACUUAUAUAUCUGUACAUAUCAUCCUAGACACGCAUAUCUACCUGGUCACGCCCAAGUGGUGGGAUGACACCUGGCUCAGUGAGGGAUUCGCCACCUACAUGACUGUACUGGGCGUGGCAGCCGCACAGCCAGAGGCCCCGUGGGAGGGCGUCAGGAUCCUCCAGCAGGUACUCCGGCAGGACAGCCUGCAGUCGUCACACAAUAUCAGUAUCCAAUGUCUAAGUGGGAUUUUAAUGGCGGUCUUUUCCUUUCUGCGCGACCAAGGAGCCUCCGUCAUCCGCAUGAUGUCCCGCUUCCUCGCCCAAGCCACCUUCAGGAAAGGCCUCAACAACUACUUGAAUUCAUUCAAGUACAGCAAUGCAGAUCAAGACGAUCUCUGGGAGUAUCUGACAGAUGCCGCCCACCAGGAUGGCGUUAUAUUCGACUUCGACACCGUCAAGUUGUUCAUGGACCCUUGGACGCUGCAGGAGGGUUACCUCGUCGUCCGGUUUGCCAGGAGCGCCGAUGGGACCUCUGGUUCUAUCGCGCAGGAACACUUCCUUUCAGGAAAUCGCAACCUCAGCGGCACGCACGACUACAGGCGGUGGAUUCCCCUGAGUGUCACGAUUCGGAGCGAAGCCGACUUCAGCCGAACGAAGAUGCUCACGUGGCUGAGAGACUACUCGGACUACUUCAACGUCUCGCAUUUUUCUGCCGAAGACGAGUGGGUCAUCUUCAACCUGCAGCAGACGGGCUACUACCGAGUCAACUACGACGACCGCAACUGGGGCCUCCUCAUCCAGCAGCUGAAGGACGACCACAAGGUCAUCCACGUCAUCAACCGAGCGCAGAUCAUUGAUGAUGCCAUGAAUCUUGGUCGUGGCAGACCUACGAUGACAUGUGGGCACUGUCAGAAAAUAGGUCAUAUCAUGAACAGAUGUUUCUUUUUUGACCAAAAGUUGAGAGGAGUGUCAGGGACACGUCAAAAGAUUGUCAGAGACUAA